AUGGGCUUCCAGGACGCGCCCAGCGGGAGCGGCGGCGGCGGCGGGAACCUGUCCCUCGCCAGCGUCGGCUUCGCCGGCGCCGGGGUCGGGGUGGGGGUCGGGGCCAAAGGGGCCGCCGGCGGCGGCGGCGGCGGAUACAAGGAGCUCCUCGUCAUGGCGCUGCCCAAGGACGACGGCCUCGACGCCGCCAAGGUCAUCGGCGCCGGCCUGCCGGACGUCGGGGAGGCCGUCAGGGCAUUUUUUAGAAGUAGAGAGAUUAGAGAAUUUGCCAGUGGGGCGUUAGCUGGUGCUAUGUCCAAAGCUGUUCUUGCUCCCCUUGAGACUAUCAGGACAAGAAUGGUUGUAGGCGUAGGGUCCAGACAUAUCGGUGGUAGUUUUGUGGAGAUCAUGGAACAAAAUGGGUGGAGAGGGCUUUGGGUGGGUAAUACAAUCAACAUGAUCCGCAUUAUUCCCACUCAAGCAAUUGAGCUUGGAACAUUUGAGUAUGUCAAAAGGGGCAUGAAGUCAGCACAAGAGAAAUGGAAAGAGGAUGGAUGCCCAAAGCUACAGCUUGGUAAGAUGAAAAUCGAUAUUCCACUCCACUUGUUAUCUCCAGUUGCUAUUGCUGGUGCGGCUGCUGGAAUUGCUGGUACAUUGAUGUGCCAUCCUCUUGAAGUAAUUAAGGAUCGCCUGACCGUGGAUCGAGUGACUUAUCCUAGCAUUAGCAUUGCCUUCAGCAAGAUAUAUCGAACUGAAGGUAUCAGAGGUCUCUAUUCUGGCCUCUUCCCGACACUAAUUGGCAUGCUUCCUUACAGCACAUGCUACUACUUUAUGUACGACACAAUCAAGACCUCAUACUGCCGCCUACAUAAGAAGAAAUCCUUGAGCCGUCCUGAGCUACUCAUUAUCGGAGCUCUGACAGGUCUGACGGCGAGCACGAUCAGCUUCCCCCUGGAGGUGGCGAGGAAGCGGCUCAUGGUAGGAGCCCUGCAGGGGAAGUGCCCGCCCAACAUGGUGGCGGCCCUGUCAGAAGUGAUCCGGGAGGAGGGCCUCCUGGGGAUCUACCGCGGGUGGGGGGCGAGCUGCCUCAAGGUGAUGCCGAAUUCGGGCAUCACCUGGAUGUUCUACGAGGCGUGGAAGGACAUCCUCCUGGCCGAGAAGGACAAGCACCUCGACUAG